GCAGCUCCUGGCAGCGAGUGACAGCCAGCCUGGAUGGCCGGGGACACGGGGAUGGCCGGGAAGGUGGCACUGCUCCUGUGGGCCCAGACCCUCGGCCUUGCUGGUGAGUCCUCGGGGGAUGCCGUGUCCUACCCUGCUGUCCCCAGCCCCGUGGUGGCCCUGGCAGGCUGGUGUCCCCUGUCACCCGCAGGUGCCCAGACCACCCAGCUCCUGGUGCAGCCCCCCUGGACACCAGCAGUGCUGUGGGACCGGGUGACACUGACCUGCCAGGGCUCGGGGACCACCAGUGCCACCACCUGGUACAAGGAUGGGCAGCGAUGGGGGCAGAACAGAGGAGACCCUGUCACUGUCACCGAGAGUGGCACCUACACGUGUGACAGACCUGGCAGUGGGCUCAGCCCCCCCGUGACAGUCUUAAAUGACUGGCUGGUGCUUCAGGUGCCAGCACGGCCACUGCUGGAGGGGGACACGGUGACACUGCGCUGCCGGGUCAGGCAGGUCCUGUCGGUCAGCACGGUGAGAUUUUACCAGGAUGAGAAGGAUCUGGGGCCGUCCCUCAGGGGGACUGAUCUGUCCCUGCCCCCCCUGCAGCGUCACCACAGCGGCCGCUACCACUGCAGGGGCUGGGUGAGCUUGCGGCAGUCACAGUCGGCGCCAGUGACAGUGACAGUGCAGGAGCUCUUCUCGGUGCCGGUGCUGGAGGGUCCCCCUGAAGUCACCGAGGGGUCCCCCCUGAAUCUCAGCUGCCUCAGCACCCCCAGCCCCCUGCGGCCCCGAGCCCCCCUCCUGCACCUCUUCUACCGGGACGGGCAGUUGGUGGGGGGCCCGCAGGGGUCCCCGCAGCUCCUGGUGCCUGUCGUGGGGGUCUCCCACUCGGGGAAUUACAGCUGCCAGGUGUGGUCCGAGGGGGGGACUGUGCAGAAGAGCAGCGCCCGGCUCGGCGUCACGGUGCACAUGCCCGUGGCCAAUGCCACCAUCACCCCCGGUCCCCUGUCACACCAGGUGCACACAGGUGACCCCGUGACCCUGCGCUGCUCGGUGCAGGUGGGCUCAGCCCCUGUCACCUUCACCUGGCUGCACAACGGGCAGGAGGUGGCCCGGGGUCCUGUCCUGGAGCUUGGGGACGUCAAUGUGACACAUUCGGGCACCUACCAGUGCGUGGCCACCAACCAGCUGGGACAGGACGGGCACCGCGUGUUCCGGGCACUCAGCCCCGAGCUGGCCCUGGAGGUGACACCACAAAGACACUGGAACACAGCAGUGGCCACAGGGGUUGGCGUGUCCCUCCUCUUCCUGGUGCUGCUCGUGGGUGGAGUUGUUGGCUGGCGCCGGUGGAACCACAUGGCUGCCAGGAAGCAGCAGGAAAGGGCCCCCCCGGAUCCCCCAGCCCCCCCAGAGGAGGGGGAGGUGCUGUACACCCACGUCGUGAGCACCAAGCAGAUGGGGGGGUCCCCCAGUGCCACCACACUCCAGGAUCCCCCGGUGACCUACGCGGAGCUGCGGGGACCCCAUGGGCGACUGCGGGAACUCAGUGACAUGCACGGGAACAUGCUGUGACACUCGGGGCAUGGGUGGGUACUGGGGGGCUCUGGGGGAACUGGGGGACAGUGCAGGACCCCACCCAUGGGCAGCCACGCGUGUGAGUCCCACCCACUGCUCCCGUGGGUGCCCAACAGUCACGGGUAGGUGAGCACAAGUGGGGCUCACGUGUGGGGCUGCACAGGGCACCCAGAGCUCCCCAUGCCCCCAGAACCCUCAAGGCCUUCCCCACCCCCCUUCCACUACCACCAGUGGCUCCCCAUUCCACAUCCAAGUGCUCCCAGUGCCCUCACAGACUUCCCCAUUCCCUCCCCACAGUGCUCCCAGUAGCCCCAGGGGCUCCCUAUUUCCCCUCCCAGUGCCUCUCCCUUGCUCCCAGUAGAUCCAGGUGUUUCCCAUUCUGUCUCCCAGCACCCCUGCACUCCCAGGGGCUCUGCAAUCCCCCUCUCAGCACUCCCAGUACACCCAUGGCUCCUCAUCUCUCCUCCAGUGCCAGGGGAACACAGGACUCCUUUCCCUGUCAUUGGCAUCAAAAUGCAGCUUUUUGGUUAAACUGGCAGAAAUGGUGUUUCUUUGUUCAGCUCUGUUGGGCUUUAGGAAUGGGAUUCUCCAAUUCUGGGUUGUCACUAAAAAUCAGGGGCUGCUGCCCCAGCCCCUGGCAGUGGAGGCACAAAAGGCAAAGAUCCCAAAGGGCUGAGAGAAGAAAAAUUUCCUUUAAACAGCAAAGAGAGAACAAAACCAGCAGCAACAGCAACAAGGUUCAGAAUCCAAAGGGUCACAAAAGGAACAAUUGGCAGUGAGAGCUCCCCAAAAGGAACAAAUCCCGGAGCCUUCCCUCAGCACGAUACCUGCACCAGAGGAACCUGGCAGGGCCCUGGACCUUCCUUGCUCUGAUGGCCAAAGUGGCCUUCAGGAGGCUCUGGAUUCUCUUCUCCCCUGUCCCAAAGCCCUCCUCUGUUGUGUGCCCCACACAGUGAUGUCAUCAAGGCCCUGUGGGUGUUCUGGAGCCUUCCACUUUUCCAGGGCAGCCAGAAUGAGCCCAUGGCACAGGGUGGGGCUGAGUUUCCAGUCAGUUCCAGGAGCUCUGGACACAUGUCCAGGUCAAUGCAAACUGUGCCGUGCCCUCUGCUGCCAAAGGGAUGGUAUCCUGCUUGAAAGGUGUCUGCCAAGGGAGGCUGGAACCUCUCCUGGAAUGGAAAAUAUGGGCACCUUCCCCCCAAAGUAUUAUAACUUCAAAAUUACGGGGAUUUCAGGCAGAGAUAUAGGAAAAGGAAUAACAGUUCUUUACUAGAAUAUGUAAAACAAGAGAAACAAACAAC